GGAAACCAAACCGACAAUAACGAUGAUGAUGAUGAUGAUGACGAUGGUGAUGAUUGCGACAAUGGUGUUCAUGAUCGUUUACACUAAGACGUCAUUCUGCUUCUAUGCAAACAGAAGCCGAUGACAUCAUGGUGUAAACGAAUUCAUGAUUAGGAAGGCAAGGUAUUGCCAGAGAAGACAGCAUAUAGAAAUACCUUUAAAGAGCUGUCUUAGCUAACGUUGAGAUUUCCACAAUUAAGUCCUUAUAUUAUCCCCCAUUAUAACCCCAUGUGGGAACGAAUUUGAAAAAUUUUAAGUGAAACGAAUCAAGCAGAUGUUUUUUGGAAAAAGCAAUUGGAGACUAGAAAGCAAUUCCAGAAAUUGUUCCGCGCAGAAGCUGAAUUUCAUCUUACCUCGAAUCCCACGUUCGGAUAGUCCAAUGUUGGUUGAGACACAGUAUUAAUAUUCAAUAAUAGUGUAAUUAUAAUUGGCCGGCCGGACUUCUUCUUUGCAACAACUCGAAGUUAUCAUGCAACAACAACAUAAACAGCAACAACAACAACGUCAUGGACUACACAUAUCUACGCCUUGGUCUUUUGGACUGUGGGACGUCCCAGUAUCAUUGGUCCUUUAGCAGAGGAACAUGACGACAGAGUACAGCAUCCCAUAUAAGGUAGGGUUGAUUGAUGUUGGUACAAAGUUUGCGCUUGGUCUCGAAUAGCGUAAGGCAAAUUGAAUUCACGGUCCACAGUAACAUUGUUUUUGUAAGAAGGUUCGUUGCUAAUACAAACCUUGCGCCACAUCAAUCAGCCCAAGUAAGAAUUCGAUGUGGCACAAGGUAUGUGGAUUUUUUUUCUUUGUUAGGCGGUUAGAUUUUCGGAUCGAUCCAUUCGGUUUUUCCUAGUUUUCGAUUCGACUUUCGAUCUGAUUCCGUAUUCGGCUUCGAAAAAUGUGAAGGCUUGGUAUCGAAGAUGUUUCGAUAGCAAGCCGCCAAUUAUCCCUGCGUACCGUCUGGAAGACCCUGGUGUGUUUCAUUCGAGGUGUCAAGGUUUAUAGACAGCAACAGACCAUGAUCAGACCCGACUACCAAAUCAGUUCCUCAGAUCAGACCACCACUGCUACACCAGACCACCAAAUCACAUCACCACCAUACUUGACUACUCAGCAUCCAAUCAGCACAGCAUACCCAACCUCUUGAAAUGGUACAGGUUAGGUGCAUUCUUUAUGGGUUGGGUCAAGGGGGGUAAAUAGAGCUCUGGAUGAACCUUGCAAAGCAUACUUUCCACACACUUUCGGCCUGAAGACUCCGGAAUUCUUUUUUCGGCUUAACUUAACUGUAGUUAGCUUAGUUAGCGGGGCUCCCCGGGCUGGUAAGGGCCUCCCCUUCCCUUUUUCAUAGGUUGGGUUCCUUUGCAGGUGUUCGGUCAGCGACAGGAGUUCGGCUUUUAAGGAUAGGUUCGGCUUUUUGGAUUCGGUUUCGCAUCUUCGAAACGGUUCGGUUGCAUCUUUUUGCGCUUUUUUCAGAUGGACUUCGCCACCGACACCGUUGUUUUUGUCGUCGUCGUCGUCUUCGUCUUCACUACAACUCCCGCGGUAGUUGCGCCAAUUGUAUUGACCUAUCACGCUUCACUUGACAGUCUAUGCGCUGGGCAAGUGAAGCUUUCAUUCGCAAGGUUCAACCAGACUGUGAUUGUUCUAAGACAUAAAUUAGUAAACUAGAGACUUCAGAUCAUUCAGCUACUGUGAGAGGACCUCAUUUGGUCACUGCUUACAAGCUUAGUGGUCUCUCUGGUUACAGGUAGAUAGUUAGUUUAGCAUCUCAAACUCGUGUCUGCUCCUACCAAUUUGGCUUUUGAUGUCAAACAGUAAAAGUGUGAAGUGAAAUUUUUUGAUGCGCAUUUGCAGACUUCGAACUUGUGAUGGUAGAUUAGUUAACUGUUUUAGUCUUACACUAAAGGUAAUCUGCGACCAGGCGAUUCUUCCUGCUAGGAGCCAACACCUUGUUGUAGGUUACCAGGGUAACAUGGGACAACUCACACACCAUAGGCUAGGUCGUUUACAAAUCGUAAGCGUAGGAAGUCUUCGAGACCAAACUACGAAGCAGUUUCAUCGUUGGAGGACCAAGAGCAAACCGCGGAUAUGCUUUUAGAAGAGUUAUUAGCCUGCGAAGGGAUCACGAGAAUGCUACUGGGCCGAAUAUUUCGGGGACACACAUGUGGAGGCCCACCAUACCUUGAUAUGCGUGUCCCUGAAUGGCAUUCAUGUGAAAACGUCGCUGGUUAUAGAUAGUCUUUCAGUAAGUAGCAGGAGAGGAUACUCUGGUUGUGGCAUCGUUGACACUAAGACGAUUUGAUUUGUCUUCCUGUUAAUGUUGCCUCGCUGGAGAGUUUUCUUCUUAGGAAGUCCUGCAUUGCACUAUGCAGGCCCAGAUCGUCUACAAAUGGUAGGCGUACGUAGUCUUCACGUCGACCGUUCGUGGUUAUUGGUUUCUUGGUUCUUUUUUCUCCGAGAGUCAUCAACAGCGUUCUUCCUCCGACAGCUCGUAAAGUACGUCAUGACUGGGACUGAAUCCUGCAGCACGCUGUUUCUACAACUUCCUUCUGAAUCUUGUAACAAAAUGUUGGAAAUAUGAAUAAAAUGUAUUUGUUUGAACUGUGUCAUAUUGUACUGUGGGUCCAUUGCUAAAUCAAAGGAAGAAGCCGGCCGAAGAAAGAAGAACAAAGAACUUGGAGAGCCAUAGAAAGAUAGUCCAGUAGUCAAUUUACUUAAGUAGACGAGUUAGUUUCCUUUGCAGCAAUGAACGGAGAGGAGAAAUCACGGAAACCAAACCGACAAUAACGAUGAUGAUGAUGAUAAUGACGAUGGUGAUGAUUGCGACAAUGGUGUUCAUGAUCGUUUACACUAAGACGUCAUUCUGCUUCUAUGCAAACAGAAGCCGAUGACAUCAUGGUGUAAACGAAUUCAUGAUUAGGAAGGCAAGGUAUUGCCAGAGAAGACAGCAUAUAGAAAUACCUUUAAAGAGCUGUCUUAGCUAACGUUGAGAUUUCCACAAUUAAGUCCUUAUAUUAUCCCCCAUUAUAACCCCAUGUGGGAACGAAUUUGAAAAAUUUUAAGUGAAACGAAUCAAGCAGAUGUUUUUUGGAAAAAGCAAUUGGAGACUAGAAAGCAAUUCCAGAAAUUGUUCCGCGCAGAAGCUGAAUUUCAUCUUACCUCGAAUCCCACGUUCGGAUAGUCCAAUGUUGGUUGAGACACAGUAUUAAUAUUCAAUAAUAGUGUAAUUAUAAUUGGCCGGCCGGACUUCUUCUUUGCAACAACUCGAAGUUAUCAUGCAACAACAACAUAAACAGCAACAACAACAACGUCAUGGACUACACAUAUCUACGCCUUGGUCUUUUGGACUGUGGGACGUCCCAGUAUCAUUGGUCCUUUAGCAGAGGAACAUGACGACAGAGUACAGCAUCCCAUAUAAGGUAGGGUUGAUUGAUGUUGGUACAAAGUUUGCGCUUGGUCUCGAAUAGCGUAAGGCAAAUUGAAUUCACGGUCCACAGUAACAUUGUUUUUGUAAGAAGGUUCGUUGCUAAUACAAACCUUGCGCCAUAUCAAUCAGCCCAAGUAAGAAUUCGAUGUGGCACAAGGUAUGUGGAUUUUUUUUCUUUGUUAGGCGGUUAGAUUUUCGGAUCGGUCCAUUCGGUUUUUUCUAGUUUUCGAUUCGACUUUCCAUCUGAUUCCGUAUUCGGCUUCGAAAAAUGUGAAGGCUUGGUAUCGAAGAUGUUUCGAUAGCAAGCCGCCAAUUAUCCCUGCGUACCGUCUGGAAGACCCUGGUGUGUUUCAUUCGAGGUGUCAAGGUUUAUGGACACAUGUCACACACCUCAGUCUCACUCAGACGCUAAAUUCUUGUAGGAGCGCACCCUUCGCACAUAGAUUACUUAAUUUUUGUAAUCGGCGAACUGAAUUCAAUAAAAAGACUUAAUUAAUUAAUAUGUUGUCUGUGUGAUUUCUUUUAAAUUUAACCUUAAUUUAUAGAGUAAUUAGUUAUAAGUACUAAUGAUGAUUUGAUUUUCAGGUAUCUUACAAACUACUUGUUGUAAUAACGCCAAUAAAAAUAAAACAGCAACAACAAAAACACUGAGUUGUGAGUGUGAUCUUUUAACGCAAGUGUGCGCGCACAAAUAACUAACCUUUUUAUUUCAGGUACUAAUACGUCGACAAUCAUAUAUUUUCCGUUUCUGACGCAACAUCUUUCUUGGGUCUGCUCUCUCGAGAAUCGCAUGUGGCUUUUUUCCACAUUUGCACUACUUUUUGGAUGCGUUCUUGAAGAAACGCACGUCGCAACAGUUUUGGCAGUCGGAAGUGAAAUGCUGAUUGCAAAGCAUACACCUUUUUUACUCUACCUCCACUUUUUUCUCGACGGUUAAUGGAAACAGCUCUUGGUCGUGUCCUCUAGAGAUCGAAUGUGGCUUUUUUCCACAUUUGCACCACUUUUUGGAUGCGUUCUUGAAGAAACGCACGGCUCGAAAGUUUUGGAAGUCGAAAGUUAAAUUUCUCUUGGAAGGAAGAGAAACCUUUUUACUCUACCUCAACUUUUUUCUAGAGGGUUAAUGGAUACAUCUUUCUUGGGCGUGCCCUCAAGAGAUCACACAUGGCUUUUUCCUACAUUUGCACUACCUUUUAAAGGCGUUCUUGAAGAAACGCACCGCGCGACAGUCUUGGAAGUCAGAAGUGAAAUGCUGAUAGCAGGACAUAUUAUAUUAAGGUUAUGGUAAUUGAGUUGUACGUAAUUACAAGUUGAUGAAAAAUAAAGUUAAUCGAACAAGAGAAAUUCAUCAGCUUGUUUCUUCUCCUUUUAGGCAGUACUAAAUAAUCUAAAUGUAAAGAUAGUGUUGUAGCGGAGUUGCUUUUCAGGAAUAAACAAUAAAAAUUUACGAAACACAAUACUGCUUCAUCAGUGUAUUUUUCUAUUAAAGCGAUAAGAUUUAACAAGUUUUAUUUCAGGAACUUUGGACAUCAUCUUUUAAAACAUUUUUUCCUCGAACAUCGCCGCCUCGAAGACGUCUGUCAGGGCACGCCCUCUCAAGACCGAGCACGCCGCGAAAUUGAAGCUCGUUUUGGAUUGAUUGGUUGGAAUGCGUUCCUGAAGAAACGCAAAGCGACACUGACUACGACUGAAAAUCGACUACAAGUUCUAAAGGUAAGGGAGAUAUUUGUUUCUUUCUUUAAAGUGUUUUAACUGUUAGAUUAUCUUCUUGUGUUCCAGAUUUAGUGUGUGAAGUCGAUUAGCUAUUACCAGAGCCCAAGAGGUAAGGAGGAAUGAAACGAACCUGAGAACACUACGCUGAUUGCUGAUACAUGAACCUCUUCUCAGGUAUUAAAACUGAUUCAUUCAGGCUUUAGUGGGAUUCAAACCCACGAUCUUUGUUUGGUUGUGGUGCUCCCACUCUAACAAAGGGUAAAGAGUGCAAUUUUCAAGGUGUAGGAUCUCGAAAAAUCCUCUGAAUCUGAUUGAUGGCAACUGAAAGAAAAGAAUUUAAUGCCAGCAGUCCAUUUCAAGGCCUUUAAAAGGAAAUGGACUUUAAACCAGUUCAAGGCUAGUGUUUUGAUAUUACUUACUUUGUUUUUAAGAUGUAUUUCAUUUAGGUUCAGAGAAGUCCAGCCUUGUUGAUAUGGCAGUUCUGUACUCUUAUCAGCAGUGAUCUGUAACCUGUAAGUACCAGAAUACGGAAAAGUCUUCGCUUUCUAGAGGAUAAACAUUUUAACCGAAAGAGUGGGUAUUUUCGUUCAAGGAAAGAGUUUUACGGUCAACUGUGCUCUUACUUCACCAAACUCGUAACUUUAUAGAUAAACUGGCUUCUGUUCCAGUGGGAUUCCAACCCAUGAACAUUGCUUCAUUAGUAAGCAAAUUGAUAUGAAAUAUUUUUACGAGAUUCAAACGCCAGAGCCUCUGAGAGAACUAUCAUGGUGCAACGUUUGCUUUGAUAAUCUGCUUUUAGAAACUCUUUAUUUAGGUCUAGGCGAUUCCAGAAGUUGUCUCCACUCCCAGUCGUUACAACCAGCCCAGUGACGAAGCGGUUGAUUACAUGACCCUACCUACAAGAUUCAAGGUAUGUACCAAAAAGAAAGAAAAUGAUCACCCAAAAUGUUCUAAAACGUUCUUAAAGUCUUUGAUGAUUUUUUCAAGCCCUGACUUAUUCCAGUAACCAUCCAGUUGAUCUGUACAAAGUGACUGUGUUUUAAUGGACUGAUACAAAUUUAAGGGUCAUGUCUAAAACAGAGUUUACGAUACUCUGUCUAGAGCAAAACUACAAGGAGGAACAAAUAUCCUAGGAUUAAGGCGGAUCAAUAUCAGCAUUUUGUUGUAAUAACCAAGGGCAAACUAUUACUUGUUUUCUAAAUCUUGUUCUUCAGAAGCCUUAUAUUUAGGUCAGAAUACCCCUGGUGUCAGAGAGCAGAGGCAAUCCAGAAGUUUCUUCAAUAGUGAUUUGACCAAACCCGCCUUGGAGAUCAUAGGUCAGUACAGAAAAAAAACGAACACGUUCAGAUAAAUUGGUAAUAAUAAUAAAAGAAACAUAGUCUUCGUUUAAGUUGUGGACCUACAGGACCCUUUUUAAAAAUUGCACAGAAGGAGGCUCUUUGACAAUAAAAUUUGUGGUCUUUGUUUAACUGUUCACGACGGUAGCAGGCAUAAUUCAUCCAAGUUCACAGGGGCACCCAACGACCUUUUUUCCGUAAAGUAACUGUUCGGAGAAGCGAAUAUUGCCUAUAAUUUUCUUUUACCUAUGGACGGCUAAGAAUUUCUAGAUGACCGUUCUAUUUAUGUACAAUCUUCGAACCAUAUCUUAAAAACCAAAUUUUGUGUGAUUUUCUGAAGUAUUAAUGUUUAACAAAUCACUCUUGAGAUCAGGCUAUUUUUCGUAGACGAAAAAAGACGUAACAUUUGAUAGAGGGAGGAAUCGCAAAAAGUCUUAGUUUCAUACUAAUUAAAUUGCAUCUAAAUUUUUCUGAAAAUAACACUGAAGCCCAUUUAAUUUUAAAAAGGCUCAGGUCUGGGAUCGGAUCGAGGCUGGUAGCGGAAAAUUCCUAAUAAACGUUUUGUAUCUAAUUAAAUGGACUAAAUGAGCAUAUGUUAAAACUGCCAAAAUCAGACGAAAGGGGGGUGGGGGUGGGGUGCGGUAGCUCCACCUUUAUUUGGUCAGAACCAUCGCUAAAUUUGCUUGCGGCCUUAGCUCCUCACGUUCACGUGACAACCCGUUGUAUUGAUCAUGUUGCUUGGUGAUGAUAACGACGAUAAAGGCAUGAUGAUGUCAGCGGCAAAGGAUAACGGUGGUAACCUCCUUCAGCAGGUGAAACGUGCAUGGAAACUUUACCUAGCAAUACGUGUGUCUCAGAACCCCGGGCAACCUUGUUCCCAGGGUUCUCUUGGAAGAUGAGUAAUAAGACAGAGCCCUGGGUACGUAGAUGGCUUCGGGAAUGGAUUGCCCUUAAGAUAACAGGGGUGGGAGGGUGGGUAGAAAUAGUUAAAGGCUUGUAAUAACAGAACAGCAAAGGCAAAAGGGACUAGAGUUUUCCCAAUAGUUCGGAUGGUCUUGGCGUUCCUCUAGGAGGGUUUACUAAAGGCCAGUAGGGAUAAAGCUGAAAAUAAUAGCAUACAAAUGAAGCACUUGAUGGACUCAUUUGAAGCACAAAAGAAAAAAAUGGCAAAAAAGUAAAUAAAUGAAGAAAAAUGAAACAAAAAUGAACUAAAAAUAAGAAAUAAAUAAAAGCAACAAAAGAUAGAUAGAAAACUAGUAAAAUUAAAUAAUACACAAUAAAUGUAAUAUAAUAAUAAAAUUAAAUAUAAAGUCAAAUAAAUUGUAUAAUAAAUUAUUGAUAAUAAUAAGGAUAAUCAUGAUCCCGAUAAGGAUAAUAAUAAUAGCAAUGAACAGCAACGAAAAAUACUUGAUUGGUUUUUGAAAACGUAACUACAAGAAUAGUAAUGAAAGCAGUCACGUUGCAGAAAUCCAGCUAAAAGUAUUUUUGAUUUUUAAAAUUAAGUCUCUUUAGACGUUUUUCCUUUUCUAUUUCUAUCAUUAUACUCAUUAUUGUCAUGGUUAUAUGUUACAUUUAAUUUAAAAAUAUUCUUUUUAAGUUCCUUUCUGUUUCUUUCUUUUCAUUUAUUCGCCUUUUUUGUCUUUAUUCUUUUGUGCGUAAGUCAUUGUUUUUACGCUUUAUCCCUACUGACCAAUAUUAUUUUCAGCCAGUUUAGAUUAUUGUCAAUAUCAAAUUUCCAAAUACGCCGCUUUCAUGCUUUAUAAGGAGGGUUUGAUUAUCCGAAAUAUCUGGAAACGUCUUGUCGUUAUUGUCUUUGCUGUUUUGUUAUUAUUUUGUCAGUUUUUGUUUAACGAAUUGACCCAACGAAGGAGUGAGAAAAAAAAAACUAAGCUUUGACGAUAAGUUCAGUUAAACGUAUGGUCUUGACAUCUUGAGAGAUUCAGGUGCAGUAAACGUUAAUAAGCUGGGCAGCCUGAUGAAGCACCGUUAUGUGAAAAGGUCUGACGACUGUUGCAUGGAUGAUGAUGAUGAUGAUGAUGACGACGACGACGAUGUCGACGACGAUGAUGAUAACGACGUUGAUGCUGACGAUGAUGAUGACAACAAUGAUGACGAUAAUAAUGAUGAUGAUAAUAAUGGAAACCCAAAGCUCAUUUAA